CCCCCGCAAAACCCCCAGCCCCCACAUUUCUCUCCUUCACUCUCAGUUUCUCUUGCGUCUGUUUGCCGCGCACAGCUGGGUAGCAACUCCCUCCCUUUCUUUCUUUCCAUCGUUGCUCUCUCUCUCUCUAAAUUGAUCUCUCUAUACAGCACCACGCCGGCAGCUCUGUUUGUGCCGUACACCGUUUCCGCCACUGGAGAUUUGCUCUGCUAAUAGUAUUCUUGAUUUUCAACUAGUUUGGUGACAAUUUCCCUCCUACAAGGUCUAUUUCGCCGUUGGUAAAUUUCAACCAUGGCAGCCGGAACUGCCAACUUUAGCAGCAAAAACUUGGACUCGAACCCGAUGGAAAUGAGCAAGGGAAUACAAAUUGCAGGAUACCCGAUUAAGGGCUUGUCCAUUGGAGGCCAUGAAACUUGCGUCAUUUUUCCAACACUCAAUUUGGCCUUUGAUAUUGGUCGCUGCCCUCAAAAGGCCAUAAGCCAGGACUUCCUCUUCAUCUCCCAUGGUCAUAUGGAUCACAUUGGGGGACUUCCCUUGUACGUUGCUACCCGUGGAUUAUACAAAAUGCGACCACCAACAAUUGUUGUACCAAAAUCUAUAAAGAAUGAUGUAGAAAAUCUUUUAGAGGUGCAUAGAAGAUUGGAUCAAUCUGAGCUGAGAUGUAAUUUGAUUGGCUUGGAAGUGGGGGAAGAGUUGUCAUUGAGAAGGGACCUCAAAGUGAGGGUGUUUAGGACAUACCAUGUCAUUGACAGCCAGGGUUAUCUACUUUACUCUGUAAAGCAGAAGCUUAAGAAAGAUUACUUGGGACUAUCUGGCAACGAGAUCAAGAAACUCCGCUUAUCUGGUGUAGAGAUUACUUACACAAUUACCGAGCCUGAAGUGGCUUUUACAGGGGAUACCACGUCCGACUUUAUAGUUGAUGAAAAUAAUAUUGACGUAUUGAGGGCGAAGAUCCUAGUUAUGGAGAGCACAUUUCUUGAAAAUAGAGUUACGGUGGAGCAUGCUAGAGAAUACGGACACACUCACUUGUUUGAGAUAAUAAAUCAUGCAAAAAAGUUUAAGAACAAAGCGAUUCUUCUGAUUCACUUUUCAGCUCGCUACACUACAGAGGAAAUUCAGGAAGCCAUAUCUACUUUACCUCCACUUUUGGCAGGCCGAGUUUCUGCGCUAACAGAAGGUUUUUGAUGAGGGGUGCCCGACCAAUACGAUUUUAUAUUCACAGGUUAUUUAGAAGUGUUCCGGAAAUCAUUUUGCUCACUUUUAUACUUUAAAACUUCUUUUUUUGCUAGUUCUCUUUGUAAUUUUUCAUGAUUUGUUUUCUUGAAUGAUUUCAUUGCAAAAGUGGGGUGCUUUAAAUUGGCUCGUGA